AUGAGGAGCGGGAGUCGCCGGGUGCUGGGCAGACCUCGGCCGAUUAGCGCGCUGCGCUCAGCCUCCCAGGAGAAGCUGGUAACCCUGAAGAGCCCACUUCCUCCAACAUCCCCGAUCCCGGGUCUCAGUGACCUUGCAAAAGGUCCCCAUGAAGUGCCAUCUGGGUGCCGCAGGAGGCGGAUCAAAGAGACCGAUCCAGCUUAUGUCAUGCUGGCAAUGCAAGGAGACCAACCUGACCAGAACUGUGCCUACUCAGAAAAAAGAGAAGCAGUAAAAGUUAGCAAAUUAAUUAGCAAUAGUUAUAGGACUGACUGGUUUUAGCAGUGUACUGGAUGGGAAAAAAAGAUUCAAGAAGCAUCAGAAUAUAGUGAGCAGUCCAAAG